CGGCAGUUGGUCCAGCAUUAAUCGAAGAGUAAAAAAACUAUUCCUUUCACCGAUUAAUUUACGAGCUGUUGAAAUGUCUAAAAUUCUGCCAGAAGUUAGGGGAACAUGGCGUCAAUAUACUGCUGCAUUGACCAUCAAUAUUCUCCUGAAAUUACAGUCAAUCUGGCAACAAUAGCGACAGGCAUAUCAGCGGGUUGGACAUCACCAAUGAUUCCUCGUCUCCAAGCUACGGAUACACCAGUUGGUGAUAAGCCAAUGUCCCUAGAUCAAAUAUCCUGGUUAUCAUCAGUCACCUGCAUUGCGCCACUAUUUGUGCUCCCAUUGUGUAAUAUAUUGUCUGAGAGAUUUGGUAGAAAAAUAUUGGGAUGCCUCAUGGCAAUUCCCAUGGGAUUGUGCUGGCUCCUGACUCUUCUAGCAACAAAUUUCACGUUUCUCCUGAUUGCGAGAAUCCUUGAGGGUAUGGGAAAUGGUAUGAUCAUCUUUCUCGUGCCAAUUUACAUAGCUGAAAUAGCCAGUGAUGAUGUCAGGGGGAAGCUCGGAAGUUUUUUGGGAGUUGCUGCGAAUUUUGGGCUUCUUUUGGGGUUCAUACUCGGAGCUAUCAUGUCCUAUCAGAUGUUUGCAAUAAGUGGCAUGAUAGUGCCAAUUGUUUUUCUUGCUGGAUUCAUAUUCAUGCCUGAAACUCCCAUCUAUCUUCUCCGUAAAGGACGAAAGGAGGCAGCAACUAGGUCGUUGAUGUGGCUCAGGAACGAUGAUAAGGUGACAGUGGACAGUGAAUUACGUCGUAUCGAGAAAAUGCUGGAAGAAGAAGCUAUGAGUACCAGCAAAACAGUCGGUUUCAAAGAUCUAUUCAGAAGUCGAGGGACCAUUUGGGGAUUCGUUAUUGCUCUCGCAUUACUUCCAGGACAACAAACCUCUGGAAUCACUGUCAUUUUUACGUAUGCAGCGACAAUUUUUGAAUUGGCAGAAACAUCAUUGGAUCCAAAUUCUGCAGCUAUAGUUCUCGCAAUAAUGCAAGUAUUUGGAUCGAUAGUAUCAACAGCAACGAUUGAACGUGCAGGAAGACGAUUUCUCCUACUAUUUUCAUGCGGUGGAAUGGCAAUUUGUCACAUUCUACUGGGAUUAUUUUUUCUAUUUCAAUUUCUCGAGUAUAAUUUAUCAACCAUCAACUGGUUACCAAUUGUCACUCUAUCAUCAUAUACUAUCCUCUAUUGCCUUGGUCUAGGCCCAGUGGCUUUUGUGGUUUCCAGUGAAGUCCUCAGUUCCGAUAUAUCAGGUCUCGCCAAUUCGAUAGCGAUGUCAAUAGUGUGGAUUAUUUGUUUUGUAAUAAUCAAAGGUUUUCCAUUCGCAAGAGAUUUAAUUGGAGCCCACGGAUGUGCCUUUAUUCUCGCAUUUUUCUGUACCUGUACUUUAUUAUUUACGUACUUUGUCAUUCCUGAGACCAAAGGUAAAUCGAUUGAGUCAAUAGUGAAAGAGUUGAAUGUCUCAUCGAAAAAAUCGAAAACCAUUGAUUAUGAACUGUCAAGAAAACCUUGAUCAAGUAGUAUUAUUUAUUUAUGAAACUAAAUUAUUAAAUUUCUCAUGAAGCGUGAAAUGUGAUAUUUAUUGUUAAACUUUACUCCCUUUUAUAGAUACAACCUGAUCUCAUGGGUACAGUCAUUAAUUAUUCAUAAUAGCGCUAAGGAAUGUUGAAAAUGUAUUGUUACUUUGUAAUAAAAUCGAAGAAUACAGA